AUGAACCAAUCCACUUCAGCCAACUGCGUGUAUGGUUAUCCACCACGGUGGAAAGUGGGGUGUGGCAUGUGUCAAAAGAGAUGGGCGGUCUCCAUGGAGUCAAUACCAUGCGGACACGUAUUUUGCAGCACAUGCUUUCCAGAAAUAAAAGUAUGCCCUCUGUGUUGUGGCGAAGUUGCUUCAAGGAGGCCAGCUUUCCGUUGUGCGUCGGCGCUUGACCGAGUAAGGGCAAGAAGAAAUUAUGUGGGCCCCACUGCCUUCUAUAAUGAUUGCAGCCAAAAAACUGGCAAGACAGUGGUCGAUCCCAUGAGGUUGACGAGGGGAAUGGGAGGGAUGGUGCCGUCCAAACUUUUUGAACGAAUCAAGAAGUCGGAAGAAAGCAACUGGAAGGUUAUGGACUUAUCGGGUUGCACUGAGCUGUUAGACGCCAGACUCCUCACUAUGCUCGCCUCUUUGGAGGAGCUAAAUCUCGCCGGUUACCCCAGAGUCAGGCACGAUCUUGAGGUCAUUGCGUCCCUGAACAACCUGGUGAGAUUGUAUUUGGAUGAAACUGAUGCGGACGAUAGAUGUAUUUUUAAAAUCAGAAAUAAAAGCCUUCUCCACCUGAGUUGCGUUAGUUGCCGUAGGAUAACGGAUGUAAGACCCCUCGCUGAGACCACAACCCUCCAAAAACUAUCGCUUGCAGGUUGCAAGAACAUCGAGUUUGGCCUGGAAGAAAUAUGCGAGUUACCCCAUAUACGAAAACUAAACUUGAGGGGGACACAGAUGAAUGACGCGUGCAUCUCGAAACUGAGUCGAAACUCGAAUCUCCUGGAGUUGGAUUGUGGAGAUUGCCUCGAAAUAACGGAUGUCAAGCCCCUGGCUAAGUCAAAAAAACUCGAGGUUUUGACCCUGGAAGGGUGUGAAAAUAUAAUCCGGGGGCUGGUAGAUCUUUGCGCGCUUCCCGAUGUACGGCAGAUGAACUUCAGCGGCACAGCCGCGGACAAUGCUUGUAUCUCAAAAUUAGGCAAAAGCAAGAAAUUGGUUAGUCUUUUCUGUGAGCAAUGCCCGCGUGUAACGAACAUCAGACCGUUAGCAAAAAUUAAAACACUUGAGUUUUUGUCGCUCAGUGGCUCCAUAAAUAUCAGCAGGGGAGUGGGUAGGAUUUGUGACAAUCAGUGGAUUCGGGGGCUCAAUUUUAGUGACGUGGACGUGAGAGAGACUGACGUAAUGGCAUUAGCGGACUGUGACUACCUCGUUUCGUUAAAUCUUUCUGGGUGUUUAGAGAUGACCGAUUUGGAUGCAAUAGAGGGUUGUAUGUCGUUGGAGUCACUGAGUCUUUGCGACUGUAGGGAUCUCGCUGACAUCACGUCGCUGCGGGAAUGCAGGUUUUUGAAAACGUUAGAUCUUUCCGGGUGCUCGAGCCUCUGUGACAUAAGUGCACUAAGAGAAUGUGCGCGCCUGAAAACCCUUGUUCUCUCGCGGUGCACGGGGUUGAGGGAUUUGAGUGGGCUGGGCGAAUGUGCAACAUUGGUGUCUCUCGAUCUUUCUGAAUGUCAUAGCCUUGUUGACAUAAGUGCACUUGGGGGAUGUGUAAAUUUGGUGGCACUUUACCUGCGGGGUUGCAAUGGUCUACAGGAUUUGAACGCAUUGAAGGAGUGGAAAAGUCUGAGAAUGCUUGAUCUCUCUGGUUUCCGGAAACUCGAGGACGUCACCGCACUGAGGGGGGGUAGGAAUUGGUUGACUUUAAAUCUCAGCAACUGUGAGAACCUGAAGGAGGCGUGGUUAGAUGGUCAUGAUUGCAGGGACCUCUUGGCCCUUGAUCUCAGCAAUUGCGAAAACCUCAAAGAAGUAUGGUUGGACGGAUGCAGGCAACUUGCUAAUUUGAAUCUCAGCAACUGCAAGAACAUGUGGUACAUUCACGGCCAAACAGAAUGCAAGGGGUUGGUGACGCUUAAUCUUUACAACUGUGGAACGAUACAGAACGGUAUUGGGGAUCUUCUGAAGCUCCCACGCUUAACGGUCCUUCAUAUUGAUUACAAUAACGCCGACAGACAGUCAAUAGAAAAUCUGAGGAACAAAGGAUUGGAGAUAGUGAUGGAAGAAGAAGAGGAAGAGGAGGAGGAGGGGAGCGAGUACACAAGCGAGGAUGAAGGUUGUUAA